AUGGAACAGCUGACGAAGAACAUCUAUGGGAGCUGCCAGGAGUCGUCUGGAAAAGCGAAACUUUACCUUGUCUAUAAGUUGGCUCUAACUCAGCGCGCAGACUAUUGGGAUCAGGAUAAAAUAGCGGUCGAUGAAGUGGAAGAGAGGCAUAUCACCUGCUGGUGGAAGACUUUGCCGAUCCGUGAUGUCAUUUGCGAAUUGGACGUUCAGCUAGCUUCGAGCGGUAUGAGCAGUGAGCCACCGAACCAGCGACUAACGUUGCUGCGGACCGUGCAGCUGCGCGAAAAAGAGCUGGCCUUUGAAACAUCCCUUGUGACUCUUCAAGAAUUUCCUAACGGCGGGGGCAAGCUGCCUAUUAGAAUUCAGAUGACGCAGCAGGACUUGGUCGUCGAGAUGCAAAAGACGAUGGGCUUGUGCGCGUCGAAGAAACGAUACACAACCGAGCUCUCAAGUGACGAAAUCGAAGCUAUCCGAGACGUUUGGAUAAAGGCGAAGAACAAUAACGUUGGGAAGAAGAUUCUGCAAACGCUGAUCGAAAAACGUCCAAAGUUCGCCGAAUAUUUUGGCAUACAAAGUGAAUCUCUCGACAUCAAAGCAUUGAAUCAAAGCAAGGAAUUCCAUCUUCAG